UCAAGGGAUGGUCAAAGAACCAAAAAAAAAAGAGGGGGGAGUAGAGCGGUGGAGAGCAUCAUUCUAUAGUGGACCACCACCUUCUGACUUCAUUCUGGAAGUCUGAGACAAGCAGAGAAGGUGGGCUGUUUCGUGGAGGUGCUUAGAACAAGGCUGCUGUUGCAGAAAUCAACAACAGCAACAACUUCUCAAACGUCUGGCGUAAAUACCAAUUUUCACACAAAGGGGAUAGGGGUUUGGUGCGAUUGAAAGAUACAUUGCUUCUGCUCCUAUCUGGGAGCCAUGAACGUGAGUAGAGACAAGAUUCAGGUGGGUGACUUCUCCUCCCCAGCGCCAGUGGUGGUCGUAGCCGCGUCAGAAGCGGCGCCCUUCAACAUUCACUCCGAAAGCAUGGACAGUCACGAUGAACAGAGGCUUUCUGGCAACGAGCUGUCGGUUUUCUCAUGCUCUGCCAACAGAGACAUACAGCAAGGGGACAAUCAAUGCAACUCGCCGGGACAAGAGGUGGCCGUGGUUGUACCACCAACCGUUCACAGGACCACCUCAUUUUCAGUACUAGACAUUUUGGACCCAAACAAAUUUACCAGUAAAAAGCGCCACGGUUCGAGUAUUCUGUACAGAGACAGCAACGAUUUCCCAUUGGGAGCCGAGAACAGAGGUGCCGAAGACUCAACUCUAGAAAUUGCAGAUCAAAAAGCUCUCGCUGAAGAUUAUGACACGUGCAAAAAGUCAACAAAUUUAAUCAAAGACGGAGUUUUGUAUAAAUCCGACGAAUGUGAAAAAGAUUUCAGCAGAAGUACCCACACCCCAGAAAGCGACAUGCAGGACGAGGAGCUGUGUAGCGAGGAGAGCAGCAGUGGCCUUCCGGGCUCAGGGGACGGGGAUCUAGGCCACCAAGAAGAGGGCGACUCGGUGACUCGAAGUUCGACCCCGGGGAGUCAGCAGCAACAAGGACAACCCGAUCAGAGCCAGGCCAAACCCAAGAGGAAACGCAGUGGUUCGGAUUCCAAGUCAGGAAAACCCCGACGGGCCCGGACAGCAUUCACCUACGAACAGCUAGUAGCUCUGGAGAAUAAAUUCAAGUCCACCCGCUAUCUGUCCGUCUGCGAGAGGCUGAAUCUGGCUCUUUCACUCAGUCUGACAGAGACACAGGUGAAAAUCUGGUUCCAGAACCGCCGGACCAAGUGGAAGAAGCAAAACCCUGGCGCAGACACCAGCGCCCCGACAGGGGGCGGCGGCGGCGGAGGAGGACCAGGGAGCGGGCUUAGCGGUGGUUUGAGCCAACUGAGCCCUUCUCCUCCAAUGGGAGGCCAGCUGUCGAUGCACACCGGUUACCCGGGUCACGGACCAGGCGGGCUGGUCUGCACUGCCCAAUUACCUUUCCUGUCAAGCCACGCAGUCUUGUCCCCUUUUGUUUUGGGAUCACAAGCCUAUGGGGCGCCGGCGUUUUAUACUUCGCACUUGUAAUGGAAGAGAAACAAACUUAUCCCUAAACUAUACGAGUGCAAUAAAUGUUUGUUAUAACAUAAUUACAAAAAAAGAUUCAUAAACUGGACUUAAAGGUUGAUUUGUCACUUUUUAAAACUUUAAAGAUUAUUACAAUGAAUACAUUAAAUGCUACAUGGAGGCAAGUAACGUAUUUGAUGCUUUCUCCCACAUGGAAGCCUUUCUCUUUUUAAGUUCCCUCUAGGCAUAUGUUUUUAAAAACUAUAUUUACAAUUUAUACAAAAACGACCAGUUCCAAUACUGUGGAAUGUCAGUACUUGUAUGAUUUUCGCCCUGCCACAAAUGACAUUAAAUUGAAUUAUUUUCUGUUAAUUGCAUUGUGAAAUAUAUUUACAAUUUGGAUGGUGACGAGUCUGUAAUAAGUGUAUUUUUUAAUAUAUUUAAAUGACGAUCAUGGUUUUAAAAAAAGUAUCACCAAAAACUGAUAAUAAACAGUAUCAAUAAAUAAAAUGCAUAAACAUUUCAUUCGGAAACUAUGUUUUAUAACAUCAAACAUCUGGAAUGGCUUGUGAUAUUAUUGUAUAUAAAAGUAGAUCAUUGUAAAUCAUUGUAAAACUCCUCCAGUUUAUUUUCAUUGUAACGGUUUUGUCUGAAGACUGUAAAAAAUGUUUUUUUUUUUUAAAUAUAUACCCAUUUAAUCUCAGGGUAACUAGAUUAAACAUUGACUAUUCGAUACAUCAAUUUCAAAAAGUGUUUUUCUUUUUUUCUUCUUUUUUUUCAGAGCAAAUAGGAUUACUGAGUCUUUAGAAACUUAUUUUAAAUUGGUAAAUUCAGGUGGUAAAAUAAUACCAACCUAAAGUAAUUUCUAGUUAUAUUUCUAGUUAUUGUAAUAAUUCUAGUUAUUGUUAUAUCAUAAGACAAAUAUCAUUUGAUUGUAAAUUGCCUGGAACGUUGUUAUUUUCACGUGGAUAUCUGACGAGCACUUUGCUAUAUACAGCCCAUUUAAGUGUGUGUGUGUGUGUGUGUGUGUGUGUGUGUGUGUGUGUGUGUGUGUGUGUGUGUGUGUGUGUUGAAUUACUGUUUAUUCUAAUUGUCUGAUCAAUUUACUUUAGCUGCACACAAAAAAAUAUUUCUAAAAUAAACAUUGCAAUGUAAAGUGGUAUCUGAUUCCAAAACGAUCGGUAAUUAUAUGGAAAAUGUGAUUACAAUGUGUUUUAUUCAUUAUUUAACAUUUAUGAUUAAUUCUUAAACAUUUGGUUUGCAGUGCAAGUGACCUCCAUUGACAAAGCUGUUUUUUUGUUCUUGAUAUUUAUGUUAUUGUAGCGACCGCAGCAUUAUUAUAGCUACAACACUCAAAUAGAAAACCAAUGAACUUAUCCACUUGUACUGUAAUCUUCGCCAUACAAG